UCAGCUCCGAUAAAUUGCCACCCCCUCCAAUUAAAUCUCCGGCCGCAGUGCUUGAGGGAGACGACAUGGAAGGCCGGAAAGGCGAGAUUCAGGAAGAACUCAGAAAGAUGUACGCCAAAAUUAUUUAUCUGAGCCGGAAAUUCCGUUCCCUGGAAUCUCUAAAUAGAUGGCUUGAGGAGGCGGAAGGCGUUCGCCGAACGGAAUAUUCACGUCUCAUUGAAGAAUCUGCCCAGCGCUGUUACGAUGACCCACCUGACCAGAAGGUCUCCAAAUUGAUUGAUGAAGCGACAGAACAUUUCAGCAUGGCGAGGAUCUUUCAAAAAUAUUGGACUCCCGGGGGAGAAAUUGAUACUAAACUUAAGGAGAUUGAAGUUGAGGAUGAUCCGUUAAUGACUAUUCGCCUCGAAAUCGAGGAUUUCAAGACGGUGGACCGAAAACUACGGAUAGAGUGUGAACUGAGCCCAGACCGGGAAAGGCUCCCCUUUCUCUUGUUCCUCCUCGAGGAUGACUUUUGUGACUUGGUUGAUAAUUAUUUGCAUGAUGCAAAAGCCUACCGUUCAGCUAGAAUGGAGGAAAUAAAAAGGGAGCCAGAACUUUUAUAUUUGGUGCAGGUUCCAGAGGGCAGGCAAAGAUCUACCAAAGAACAUGUCCCUUGUCGUGAGCUUUCAAAGAUGUAUUUCACAGCAUACAGUCAGCUGUCUAGCUUGGUGGAUGCUGUUGAUGCUUUGAUUGAUGCAACAUCUCGGAAUAUUCUGAGGCUACAAAAGACUAGCAAAAAAAUUUUGCUGGUUAAAUUAUUGGCACAUAACCUGCAUCACCUUCUUACUCCUAUUGUUGAGCUCAGACUUGAUCUCUGUUUAAGCAUAGGGAUUUUCCGUGAAGAUUGUGAAUCUCGGUUGAGAUUAAAUAGGUUACAAUCUAGAGAGGUAAUGAAAACUAGUUUGGAAGACUAUUUUAACUUGAAGGCAGAGCUUACUAAUAAAGAGAGAAGAAUGGUUCGUCAUAGGGUACAAACAGUAAGAGGACUUGUAGGUGAUAAGGUUGGAGCGUAUGAAGCUGAAGAGUACUUAAUCCUGUUAACAAAGGAGUAUGAUGCAAAGAUUAAUAAAGUUCUAUAUCAAGUAGGAUUGCUUGAAGAAGUUUGGUUGGGAGACUGCUUGAAGAAGUUUGGUUGGGAGACUGCUUGAGAUCUCAUUUUGUGAAAUAGUUGCUGGUCUUCGGUUGCAAGAUUAUUGGAUUUUGGCUCCUGUGUCCGUUCAGAGAUUGUGAUUGUGCUCAUAUGAAAUGCAUGUUGGAUGUGAUUGGGCAGUUCAACUUAGUUAUGCGUCACAUAGUUAGCAGUUAUAGGUGCUCGUUUUGCCAUAAUCUUCAUGACACAUUUUGUUAAGUACACAUGUUUGUCAUUAUUGAUAAAUGAGAUUUUACUGGUGUCUUUCUUCC